AAAAUAAUUUGUUGAUAAGGUAACACAAAAACAAGAAUACAAUGGGCUAAUUUGCUUCAACUUUACUUUAUUUUUUAUUUUUUUUGUGUAACAAUGGCUUCACUCUCAUCUUCAUUUCUCUCAACAACACUUUCUCCAAAUUAUUCUCAAAAUCAUCAUUUAUUUCUUCCAAAUAAUCCCAAUUUGAAAAUUACCAAAAGGACCUCCUUCAACAUUCAGGCUGCAAAGGUUCCACCUGGGGUGGAGUUGCCAAAAGAAGUACCAAAGUUGAGCAAACCCCUUUUGGGUUUUACUAAUACUGCUGAGAUAUGGAACUCUAGAGCUUGUAUGAUUGGUCUUAUUGGUACAUUUAUUGUGGAAUUGAUUUUCAACAAGGGAAUUCUUGAAAUGAUUGGUGUAGAAAUUGGAAAAGGCCUUGAUAUUCCUCUCUAAAUGUUGUGAAUCUUUAAAUUUCUUCAUGCAAAAUUCAGUAAUGUACAACAGUAAUACAUUCAUUAUUCAAGAAAAUUUCGAAAUCUCUUGUGUUGUUUA